AUGGUUCAACAUAUAAGAGUGAAGCUCUCCGCUCUUUGGAGUUCCUUUGCAAAAUGGGGAAUUACUUUCAUAGGUAAGGGUUUCUAUAAAUUUUCCUUCUCCAAUCUGGAGGAUGUUAGAAGAGUCAGAUUUAUGCCCUCAUGGAACUUUAACCCUUGUUUGCUAAAACUCUUCCCUUGGACGAGAGACUUUAUACCAAGGAAUGUUAAGAAUACUUCUGCUCAGGAGCUUAGAGACAAAAUAUUGGUGGAGAGAGUGGGUUUUGCCUUCUUUGUCGAUAUUGAAUAUGAAAAGCUCCCGGAUUUAUGUAACUAUUGUAGAAUAAUUGGUCACUCUGAAGCUUAUUGCAGGAGAGCUACAAACAGAGAUGAGAAAGAGAAUAAUAAGAAAAAUGACCUCAAUAAUGGCCCUAUUUUCAAACACAAAGAAAUAGAGAAGGAAGUGGCGGAGAAGAAAAAAGUUCAGCAAGAUUUAGAUAUUCCAGUUUUAGAUAUGAAUGGGAACAACGGGGAUAACCUCAAUGAUAUUGCAGGGAAACAUGUAGAUGUGAUAAGCUCGACUGAUUCUGAGUUUGUUGAUGCCAUUCAUAUUUAUGCUUCUACCGAACCUCCUGCUGUUAACACAAACAAAAAUGCUAAAUUUAUAAAACUCUCUUGGGAUAAUAUGGCUGACAACAAGGAUAAGAGAUUUACCUCUGAGGAGGAUAUCUCUAAUGCAGAUGCUGAUAGCUCCAGACCCAACCUUCACUCCAAUCUUUGGUGUAUUUAUAAACUUUCCCUUGAUCCUAACAUCCUUUCCAUCACUGACCAGUUUGUUGCUUUUUCUUUCAUUAUGGAUAGCCAUUUAAUUGGAGUUGUUGCAGUGUAUGCUUCCACUUCCCAUUUGGAUAGAAGAAGAGAAAAUUUCAUCUUUGGGCCCACUGAUGAGCUUAGGAAUCAGGAGAGGCAAGCACAACUAGAGCUUGAGCAGGAGCAGCAGAAGGAAGAUUUUUUCUGGGCUGAAAAGGCCAACUUGGAUUGGCAUUUGUUGGUGACAGGAAUACAUCCUAUUUCCAUAGAUCCAACUCAAGAUGGCACAAUUGUGGAUGAGGUGAUUUCGAAUCUGGUGGACACCAAUAUGAAUAACAUCUUAUUUAUGAUUCCCAAUUUGGAAGAAGUCACCAAUGUUAUCCACAACCUUAAUAAAUCCAGUGCCCCUGGGUCUGAUGGAUUUAGAGGGGUUUUCUAUCAUACUUAUUGGGAUAUCAUUCAGCAAGAUGUUUAUAAGGCUACUAUCCAAUUUUUCAAGACUGGAUGGAUUUUACCUCACUACAAAUCUUGCACGGUGAUGUUAAUUCCUAAGUCCAAGGAUGCUCAAACUAUGAACAAUUACAGACCUAUCACACUGUCCAAUUUCAAGUACAAAAUCAUAUCAAAGAUCAUUGCUGACAGAAUCUCCUCCAUUUUACCUUUUUUUGAUUUCUAA